UCCAGGAGCCUGAGAGGCAAAGAGAGAGCAAGAAUAAGAGGAGAGCGGGAAGUUGCAUCUAUUUUUCAUGCAGCACCAUCACCAUCACCAUCACUCUUCUGCCUUAGCUUUUCCCCCACUUUACUUCUCAAGUCCUGGAUGAGAGCUAAAGACUGUGUGGGACUCAGGCUCACAGAGGAGAAUGAGUUCUGCGGAGGAGAGAGAGGACCAUGAUAUGUACUGUGAGAAGGCGGUGGCCCUCAUCAUUGACCUCUGUCUGGACGACAGCCCACUGUUGCAGCCCAACACCUGCCAGGACUUCAUCACACUGCUAGCCACCAACCAGAGCCCAAACUCUGCAGGGUCAGAUCUCUCCUUCAGCCUCCUGCUCCUGGUGUUUGUGGCCUGUGGCCUGGGCCUGCUGAGCGUCAUCGUCUUUGCCUCCUGGAAGCUGUGCAGGGUGCACUGGCGCACCAAGGACCUCUCCUCCAGUGCCACUGCCCUCGCCCCCCCCUCCUCUGCCUCUGACAGACCCUACGACAGAGCCUUGCCCGCACACGGCCACAGGCCUACGCUCGUACACGCACACACGCACACACACGCCAUGGCGUCGGACAAGCUGAAUCCUUUGGACCCGGCGAGUUUUCUAGAGGCGGCGGUGAAGAUCAGCCACACAUCGCCUGACAUCCCUGCCGAGGUGCAGCUGUCCAUGAAGGACCACUUCCUGCGCCGCACGCGUAUGUCCAGGCAGACCACCGAGCCCAACUCCUCCAAUAGGCACAGCUCCUUCAAGAAGCACCUCCCCCGACAAAUGCACCAUGUCACCAGCCUUGACCGAGGCAGCGACUUCCCCUAUGCAGAGGACCAAUCCACCAGCCUGGCCAGUUUGGGCCGCAUCCAGCCAGAGCUCUACAAACAGAGCCCACUGGAGGCCGACGAGUCCUCCAAGAACUGCGCCGCCGCCAAGACCUGUGGUAAGAUCAACUUCUCCCUCAAAUACGACUACGAGUCCGAGGCUCUCCUCGUCAACAUCCUCAAGGCCUUCGACCUGCCCGCCAAGGACUUAUGUGGCAGCUCCGACCCCUACGUCAAAAUCUAUCUCCUGCCUGACCGCAAGCGCAAGUUCCAGACCCGCGUCCAUCGCAAGACACUCAACCCCAUGUUUGAUGAGUCCUUCCAGUUCACCGUGCCCUACGAGGAGCUGGGCAGCAGGAAGCUGCACCUAAGCGUAUUUGACUUUGACCGCUUCUCCCGCCACGACAUGAUCGGCGAGGUCAUUCUGGAGAAUCUGUUUGAGGUGUCGGACCUCUCCCGUGAGAUGCCCAUCUGGAAGGAUAUUCAGUACGCCACCUCUGAGAGUGUAGACCUGGGGGAGAUCAUGUUCUCUCUCUGUUACCUGCCGACCGCAGGCCGACUCACCAUGACCGUCAUCAAGUGCAGGAACCUCAAGGCCAUGGACAUCACCGGAUACUCAGACCCAUAUGUCAAGGUCUCCCUGGAGUGUGACGGACGGCGCUUGAAAAAGAAGAAAACCACCAUCAAGAGGAACACUUUGAACCCCACCUAUAACGAAGCUAUCAUCUUUGACAUCCCCCCUGAGAACAUGGACCAAGUCAGCCUGCACAUAUCCGUCAUGGACUAUGACUUGGUGGGACACAAUGAGAUCAUAGGUGUAAACAGAGUGGGCAGUCAUGCAGAGGGACUGGGCAGAGACCACUGGAACGAGAUGUUGGCCUAUCCACGCAAGCCCAUCGCUCACUGGCACUCUCUACUGGAGGCAAGCAAGUCUCAGAAAGAGUGGAAAACCCGCACUGCAAGCUUUGACAGCCAAGGCUCUUGCCCUUCUCCAAGACUCCUGUCUAGUCCAUGAGGGAGGAGCUAGAGUUUAUACUCCACGACUCUACAAAGCCUGCCCUGUAGCAAGGCCUGAAGUAUGGAGUGUCCCAGACCCAGACCCACAUAUGGUGUGCCUCAGAAUAAGUAAAGUGCAGUAAAUUGCUCUGGAAUGACAUUAUCUCGCCAUCACACACCCACACACAUACACAAACACAUUUCUCUUGUGCCCUCUUGGACAGCCACUUUGUCAUGGUACGUAUAGCCUAGUGUAUACUGGGUCUGGUGGGAUCAUUGUUAUUGCAACAAUAGUUUUGCAGUUGAGCUCAGCCUGGUUUGGUUAUACACCUGAGGUUAACAUAUUUGUAUAUGUAUUUAUGUAAUGCCCUUUGAUACUGACAUCAAUAAUAGCACUGUAUUUAGAAUCACAUAUUUAUGAUAUUAUCAACAUGACUAUCCCCCUGGAUUUACUUUUCUGUUUCAAUUGUUACCUGUGAAGUGUUUGCCAAUAGUCUCUUGUUCAGGCAAUGUCAUGUACUUUGUUGAGGGAGUUGGCUUGACCUUUGACCCCUUUGCCUCAUUAGCCUUGUGAUAAGUGCUUGAAACAAUGACUCUCCUCUGUUUUUUCCAAGCAAUUUAGAGUAUCUUUCCACUUUUGUAUUGAACAUGUGUAUUUGUAACAUAACUGUUUCCAGGCGUCCCUUGUAUUUUAAAGAAGUGAUAAUAAAGUUGUCG